UAACUCAAAAUGUAGAAAACAAAGGAUUUAAUCCAGCAGUAAGAAAAGGACAGCAGUAAACGUUUUCUAAAACUGAGGCAGAGUGAGACAUCUGUAGAGUUUUCAUAUCUUUGGAACCACCUCAGACCCGUGGAAGAGAUCGUCUCUUCUUCAGUCUCACCGGAAAUCUUCAUCCGCGGUUCACCGUCAGAGAUGGAGGAGAGCGCAGACAGAGGAGGAGGAGGAGGAGGAGGAGGAGAAGGAGAAGGAGGAGAAGGAGGAGGAGGAGGAGGAGGAGGAGGAGGAGCAGAAGGAGGAGGAGCAGGAGGAGCAGGAGAAUACCACCCGGCGGCCAAGCGGCUCCGGACGGAGGAGGAGGCCGGCGGAGAGGAGCUAGAGGACGGGGAGGAGGAGGAGGAGGCAGCGGGGAGCGGAGACAGAGAGUGCCGGAGGAGAGGAGGGAAGGAUGUUGUGGAGAAAAGUCACCUCAUCCCCCCGUCUCCAGUUGUCCACGUUCGAGGACUCUGUGAUGCCGUGGUGGAGGCAGAUCUGGUGGAGGCUCUCGACAAAUUCGGAAAUAUCUGUUAUGUGAUGAUGAUGCCGUUCAAGCGUCAGGCUCUGGUGGAGUUUGACUGUGUGGAGAGCGCCAAGCGCUGUGUGUCGUUUGGAACCCGUGAGUCGGUCUUCAUCGCUGAGCAGCAAGCCUUCUUCAACUUCUCCACCAGCCAGAGGAUCACCAGACCGACCAACGCUGAUGACCCCAACAGCGGAAGCAAGGUCCUGCUGCUGUCCAUCCAGAACCCGUUGUACCCCAUCACCACCGAUGUUCUGUACACCGUCUGUAAUCCGGUCGGUAACGUCCUGCGCAUCGUCAUCUUUAAACGCAACGGCAUCCAGGCCAUGGUGGAAUUUGAGUCGGUGGAGGACGCUCAGAAGGCCAAACUGGCUCUGAACGGAGCCGACAUCUACUCCAGCUGCUGCACGCUGAAGAUCGAGUACGCUCGGCCCAACAGACUGAACGUCGUCCGCAAUGACAACAGCAGCUGGGAUUAUUCCAAACUCUUCAUCCUGCACCGAGAGCGGGUAACAGGGAGGAAGCGUCAGGCCAUCCUGGGAGAACAUCCAUCCACCGGCUACG